UCUUAUUUAUGGAAAAUCAGGAGUAUUGUUUUUUUUCUUGUUCUUUUUUGUAAGCUUUACAUCGAUUAGCUAAUAUAUAUCAAAGUAAAAUUUUUGUGAAGAUGAACAAGGGUGGAGCUGAACAGGGAGGUCAUUCUUCAAAGCAAGUCGAAAACAUAGUCUUAGUAGGUCGUACAGGGAAUGGAAAAAGCGCCACCGGAAACAGCCUGAUCGGAAAGAGGGUUUUCGUGUCCAAAGCACAUGCAUCUGGUGUUACCACGAAAUGCCAGACACAUGAAGCCGUGACAAAAGAUGGUCACAGAAUCAAUGUGAUUGAUACACCAGGUCUGUUUGACAUAGCGCUAUCUGCUGAGUUUAUAAGUAAAGAAAUCGUUAGAUGCCUCACUCUAGCGGAAGGAGGAAUACAUGCUGUAAUCCUAGUUUUAUCGGCGAGGACUCGAAUGACUCAAGAGGAAGAGAGCACACUUAGUACAUUGCAGGCUUUAUUUGGAAGUCAAAUCCUUGCUUAUGUUAUUGUCGUUUUCACCGGGGGUGAUGUGCUGAAAGAGAACAAUGAAACACUGGAAGAGUAUUUGGGUAGAGAUUGCCCUGCCUUCAUAAGGGAAGUUAUAAAACUGUCCGGCAACCGAAUGGUUCUGUUUAACAACAGGACUCAUGAUGAAGGCAAGAAGGCAGAGCAAGUCCAUAAACUUCUCUCCCUAGUAGAUAAAAUCCGAAAGACCCACCAUGGAGAGGCAUAUACCGACGACAUGUACCAUGAGAUAAAGGCAGAGCAACAUAAAUUACGUAAGCAGCAUGAGGAACUGGAAUCGAAAAACCAUCCAGUAGAUUUGGUGUCGCUGAUGAAAGAUAAGUUACAAGCAUCGUAUCAAGAGAAAAUGGACCAGAUGUCAAGCACGAUGGAGAAGAAGCUGAAAACUGCUUUGAAGGAGCAGGACAAUAUGUCAUCUGCGCUAAGCGCUACAGUGGGCUUCUUACCUGACGGUAUGCCAACGGUAUCAGUGUCGGUACCCAUGAAGCCAUUACGUGGGGGUCAUUGCAGUAUCCUCUGAACCUCUUAUGUUUAACUAAAGUUGUGCCAAAUAACGGUCACUAUCAAAAUGAUUAUGGAUUACUUGUUCUUUUUGUACUCUAUCUUCCGAUUUCUAUUUGUCUUUUAAACUAUGAUUUUCUGUUUCUACUAUGUUUUCCCAUUUUGUUCAAUUUUCUAAUAAACUUGAACUUCCUCAAAACUCUUCAAA